GUCGCCGGUGGAGACGUAGUAAUAGUGGUAAACCUUCAGACUGGCAUGCCCUCGUGUCUUCGUGCCUUCGCUUCGAAUAGUUUGGAGACGGCACAAUGCUGGAAGACCUAUCUAUGCUAGAGUUGGUUUUCGACUACGACCAUCCUUGGUGGUUCAGUGCAAUACACCAGAUCAAGCAACAACGCUCGUCAGUCAGUUUCAAAGCAUCGGACCAACCAAUAACAAGGAUGAGUCAAGAAGUAAAGUUGGACGGUGGAUCAUAAAAAUAAACGUUAGUGUUGUGCUUCGAGAUUGUUGUUGAUCGACUCUGAUCGUUAGUGUUCUACUUCGCCAAAGAAAGAACGUGGUGCCGUGGAGUUGGGCUUGAUUUUGAAGGUGUGGCACACGUUUCUCGUCCUGCUUCUGCUUGUGAGGGAUCUUCACCCUCAUUGCUCUUCGGCCGUGGAAGAAGAGGCUUCCGGUUUCUGUCCUUUUUUUAACCCUGGCUGCCGUCUCAGACUUUCCGGCCUUUCUCAUUGCUCUCCCUCUUAUUUGCUUGUGAACGUCGACGCGACGAUUCAAAGGGAGGAAAGAACCCCUCACUGAUAACUAGACGCCGUCAUAGACUGAAGAUACAAGACAUUGAGAAACACCCUCCUCUCGAAUACGGUCGUAUUAUCAAUCUGACGGAGCAGUGUUUUUCAUUGUCAAGUUCAAUCUUGGCUAAGAAAUAUCCCAGCAUCAUCCUGACCGCCCUCAUUCCACCGGUACGGCAUUCACUCCCGGCGAAGAAAGUUGAAUUGCCUACGGGAACCCCGGCGAUCACUCUGAGAUAGAACUUAAAAAAAGACCCAAACCUGUGACCGAGGGCGAGGCGAACCACUAAUACAGUCAGUGAAUGACCUCGAAUGAAUUGCCGACUUUGUACCAACAGAUGCUGAACAGCAGAUCUAUGAGAUUCGAUUCGAAGCGACCGAGCAUGAUUUGAGCGUUUUCCAGACGACCAAGCAAAAACGAAGAAAACACAAUGAGGACCUGCUGGGGAACGGAAUUGUGGGAUAAAUACCAAGACCUCACGAGUCACACCCAAAGAGGAAUCGAUUUUCUCGAGAGCUCCGUCGGGUCUUUCAUCAAGGAACGGGGGAAAAUCGAAGAUCAAUAUGCCAAAUCCCUGAGAGGAUUGGUAAAGAAGUUCUCGAUCAAAGAUAAUCCCAAACCCGACGAGGAGUUUACAUAUAUCAAGGCCUACAAAAAGAUGUUAACAGAGGUCGGUUUCGAGGCUGGACAGCAUGAGCGUCUGGCCGAAGCUUAUACCCAGGUAUGCUACAAAGGCGUCCAUGAUAAUGUCAAGAAACUAAAAGAGAGGAAGAAGAGAAACACGAAAGAUCACGACAAGAUUUGCACGGAGCUAGAGCAAUCCUUCAAAGCCAUGGACUCGAGCCGAAGCAAAUUCCGAAAGGCUUUCGAUGAGCAAGAGAAGGCUUUUGCAGCCAUCGACCGAGCUGAAAAGGACGGAGGGUCGACCAAAAACGAUAUUUCAAAGUUGAAAAAAGCGUCCAAUGACAAAAGUCGCCUGUGUGAAAAUGCCAAAGGAGACUAUGCGCGACAAUUAGUCAAAACCAAUGAUACCCAACACAAGCACUAUUUGGAACGCCUGCCCAGCCUCAUCAACGACCUUCAAGUGCUCGAUCAAGAUCGGAUCGAGUUCAUUCGGUCAGCGAUACUGACGAAAAUGUCGAAACGAAGCGAAAUCGAGCCUAUCAUUAAGAACUGCCAGGAUUCGAUUGUCUCCGCCAUUAAAGAAAUCAACCCAGAGGAUGACACAGAAAUCGUCAUUGAACGCUACAAAUCCGGUGAUGUGCCUCCCAAUGAUUUCAAAUUCGAGGACAUGUCCGAUCCUCAGUCCAUGUUGUUGUCAGAUCCCCGAGAAAAGGCCACCAACCUCAACUUAUAUCCGAGGAAGAAGGAGAUAGAGCGUGCCAUCGAAGAAGCUGAGCACGAGCACAACAAGAAGACGAAAGAGUUUAAAAGCUUGCAACAAAUGGUCAAUACUUACAAGGAAAAUCCAAAAUUUGGAAGCACCAAAAAGUUUCAAUCAGAAAUUCACACAUUGGAAAAGGAUGUCGCUCAGCUUGAGCGCCAUCUCGACGAACUGAGAAAAGAACUCAAGUCCACGGAGAGUCGCCUCGAGUCCAUACGAAGUCGAAGUCCAAUGGUGGGGAGUCCCAUGCUCAGGGGAAGUCUAAAUCGGACCCCACGGAGUAGUCAGAGCAGCGGGAGUAUAAAAUCGUCGAGUCUCUCCUUAAGCUCUGCCGCACCUAUGAACACGUCUCCGGAUCCCAUCUCAUCUUAUGAGGAAAUCAACAAUAGCAACAAU